GCAGGUUUUUCAGUACGUAAAGCAAGUUCAUGCGUGUCAUUUUCGCUCUUGCUUUUACAUGUAAGUCACUGACCUGGCGGGACAGGAGUCUGGCCCUCCAAGCUCAAUUUGUCGGGCUCCUCGGCCCCACCGGGCGCUUAACGUGCGGAUGACGCAGCCCGCCGCUAGAGGCUCCUGGAGCAGUUUCUAACUUCCUUCACUGCGUUGUUCAAACCGCUCGAGGACCAAAAUCCGAAGGCAUGAUGGUAGCCUCCUCUGGCGCUAUCCUGCGAGCUUCCAGACUCGGCCGACGGGGCCUCCUGCCAGGGUCUCCAAAGCUGUGGCAUGGUGGCCGCGUCUCUGGAGCCCCCGCCCGGAACACUGCGACCUGGAGCCUGGAGCCCGCGGGCCGCUGCAGCUGGGACCAGCCCGUGCGCAUCGCCGUGCACGGCCUGGCCCCGCGACAGCCCGUCACGCUGCGCGCGUCCCUGCGCGACGAGAAGGGCGCGCUCUUCCGGGCCCACGCGCGGUACGAAGCCGACGCCGGCGGCCUCCUGGACCUGGAGCGCGCGCCCGCGCUGGGCGGCAGCUUCGUGGGGCUCGAGCCCAUGGGGCUGCUCUGGGCCCUGGAGCCCGAGAAGCCCCUGGUGCGGCUCGUGAAGCGGGACGUGCAGACGCCCUUCGCCGUGGAGCUGGAGGUGCUCGACGGCCACGAGCCCGACGCGGGUCGUGUCCUGGGCCGGGCGGUGCACGAGCGCGAGUUCCUGCGGCCGGGCGUGCGGCGGGAGCCGGUGCGCGCGGGCGGGUUGCGCGCCACGCUCUUCCUGCCCGCAGAACCAGGACCCUUUCCUGGGAUUGUGGACAUUUAUGGAGUUGGAAGUGGCCUUCUGGAACAUCGAGCUAGUCUGCUGGCUGGCAAGGGUUUUGCUGUGAUGGCUCUGGCUUAUCAUAACUAUGAAGACCUCCCCAAAGGCCUGGAGAUCCUCCACCUGGAGUACUUUGAAGAAGCUGUCAACUAUCUACUGGAUCACCCUCAGGUAAAGGGUCCAGGAGUCGGGCUGCUUGGCAGCUCCAAAGGAGGUGACCUCUGCCUCUCCAUGGCGUCGUUCCUGAAGGGCAUCACCGCCACGGUCUUAGUCAAUGGCUCCGUGGCCAAUGUCGGGGGAGCCUUACACUACAAAGAUGAGAUCUUGCCCCCUCUGGGCUUAGACCCAAAUCGAGUAAGGCUGACCAAAGAUGGCUUGGCAGACAUUGUGGAUGUCCUGAACAGCCCUUUGGAAGGAGCUGACCAGAAGAGUUUCAUUCCCGUAGAAAGAGCUGAGAGUGCCUUCCUGUUCCUUGUAGGUCAGGAUGACCACAACUGGAAGAGUGAAUUCUAUGCUAAUGAGGCCUCUAAGCGCUUGCAGGCCCAUGGUAGGAAGAAGCCCGAGAUCAUCUGUUACCCUGAGACAGGACACUACAUUGAGCCUCCCUACUUCCCCCUGUGCCGGGCUUCCCUACACACCUUGGUGGGUGGCCCUGUCAUCUGGGGUGGGGAGCCCAGGGCUCAUGCCACGGCCCAGGUAGAUGCUUGGAAGCAGCUCCAGACUUUCUUCCACAAACACUUGGUGGGGAAAAGUUAGGGGGACUCUCCUGAAAAUAUAGCCCACUAUUUGAAGGUUAGGAGAGUGAGACUAACAUACGCUAGCAGCAGCAGUUAAACAGUUCACCUGGGGUACCUGGGUGGCUCAGUGGGUUAAAGCCUUCGGCUCAGCCCAGCAUCGGGCUCUCUACUCGGCAGGGAGCCUGCUUCCCUUCCUCUCUCUCUGCCUGCCUCUCUGCCUACUUGUGAUCUCUGUCUAUCAAAUAAAUAAACAAAAUCUUUUUUUUUAAGAUUUUAUUUAUUUAUCUGACAGAGAUCACAAGUAGGCAGAGAGGCAGGCAGAGAGAGAGGAAGGGAAGCAGGCUCCCUGCCGAGCAGAAAGCCCGAUGCGGGGCUCAAUCCCAGGACCCUGGGAUCACGACCUGAGCCAAAGGCAGAGUCUUUAAUCCACUGAACCACCAGGCGCCCCAAUAAAUAAAAUCUUUAAAAAAAAAAAAAAAGACAGUUCACCUGAUUUAUUAUUAUUAUUUUUUUAAGAUUUUAUUUAUUUAUUUGAGAGAGAGACAGUGAGAGAGAGAGCAUGAGCGAGGAGAAGGUCAGAGAGAGAGAAGCAGAUGCCCUGUGGAGCUGGGAGCCUGAUGCGGGACUUGAUCCCAGGACUCCAGGAUUAUGACCUGAGCCAAAGGCAGUCAUCCACCAACUGAGCCACCCAGGCAUCCCCACCUGAUUUAUUAUUUUAACACUUUUGGGUUUUUAUUCCUUUCUCUUUUUAAGUGACAUCACCAUUAAAAACAGUCUCCAUUUGGGACACCUGAAUGGCUCGGUCAGUUGAGUGUCUGCCUUUGGCUCAGGUCCUGAUCCCAGGGUUCUGGGAUUGAGUCCCACAUGGGGCUCCUUGCUCAGUGGGAAGCCUGCUUCUCCCUCUGUCUGCUGCUCCCCCAGCUUGUGUGCACUCUCUCUCUCUCACAAAGAAAUGUUUUUUAAAUCUUAAAAAAAAAAAAAAUCUACAUUCAUAUUAUGUCAGGAAUGAAAAGAGCCGUAAGUAUAAGCAAGUUUGUUAAAGGUUAAAUAUUGGAACGUUACAAGUGGAUAUUCCUUCUCCUUUCCGUGUUGACACCACUGUGACUACUGUCAGGGGGAAAGAAUUCCUGUCCUGUCGUAGGUCCUUCUAGCUGAACUAGGAAUCAAAUUGACAAGAGGUAGAUAAACAGGAGAAAAUCAAAUCUGAUAGCAUAUGCACAGGAAAUCCACACAGCCAUGGAAAUUCCCAAGACAGGCAAAACAAGGUAUGAACAUCAUCCUGAACUAAGGAGAAAAGGUUUGGGUCUAGGACUUUGAAGGGAAGGAGUGCAGCUCACAGGGCAAUAAGAGAAGAUGUUUGAUAAUUAGUAGAUGUUUGCUCUGCCAUACAGAUAGGUCACUCUGAUACAGUUUAUCUCUGUUAAUAACCCUUAUUCUGGGAAAGACCCUCAAUUUAGAUUCCUCCAUGUCAUUAAGGGAGGGCAAAAGUUUCUCUUGAGCCUGCAGACUCUCAGUUACCUUCAGCUCAAAAUAAUCUAGGCGAAGUGACCCAUCAGUCCCCAGCCUACCGUCAUCUUCCACUAAAAUCUUUGUGACAAUUUUCAUAUGUGUCUUUUCACAUAUUUUGCUUUAACAUUCAUAUGUAUACCAAUAAAAAAAAUGUGUUUUGUUGCAUAAA